CCGUCCGCUCCCCGCCGUCAACCUCCCUCCCUCCAACGGUCAUAUCCCCAUCCCCUCCAUCGCUCUCACCCACAGAUUUCUCCCAGAUUCGAUCGACCCCCGUGGCCUUUAAUCACUUUCCGCUCCCAAGAAGCUUCCAGGAUCGGAUCCCGGCGAGGGGAGGCCAAGCUCUGCUUGCUCCAGCCAUGGUGGAGAUGGAGGAGGGGGCGCGGCGGCGGGUGGUGGUGGAGGUGUGCAACGCGCGGAACCUGAUGCCCAAGGACGGCCAGGGCACGGCGUGCGCCUACGCCGUCGUCGACUUCGACGGCCAGCGCCGCCGCACCGCCACGCGCCCGCGGGACCUCAACCCGCACUGGGGCGAGCGCCUCGAGUUCCCCGUCCACCACCCGGGCGCCAUGGCCGACACGCUCGAGCUCAACGUCUACAACGACAAGAAGGCCGUCGCCGGCUCCGGCCGCCGCGGCGGCACCUUCCUCGGCAAGGUCAAGGUCGCCGCCGCCUCCUUCGCCCGGGCCGGGGACGAGGCGCUCGUCUACUACCCGCUCGAGAAGCGCAGCGUCUUCUCGCAGAUCAAGGGCGAGAUCGGCCUCAAGAUUUGGGUCGUCGACGACCCGCCGCCCGCCCCUGCUGCCCCUGCCCCCGCGCCCGAGGGGGAGAAGAAGGCCGAUGAUGCCGCCCCUGCGGACAAGAAGGAGCCCGCCGAAGCUGCUGCUGCUGCUCCUGCCGCUGCCGACGAGAAGAAGCCGGACGCUGCGCCGCCCGCGGAAGAGAAGAAGGCGGAGGACGCCAAACCAGAGGAGAAGAAGGCAGAGGACGCGGGCAAGAAGAAGUCGCCGGAGAAGGGGAAGAAGAAGGACGGCGACAAGCCCAAGGAGGAGGGCAAGAAGGAGGUGGCGGUGCCUCCUUCCCCGUCCAAGGCCCCGCCGCCAUCGCCGUCCAAGAUGCAGCUGGCCACGGCCGGGGUCGCCGGCGACCUCGAGAUCCUCCCCCAGACGGCAGCCGAGCGGAGCAUGGCCUCCUCGGGCGGCGGCAGCGCGUCGUACGACCUGGUGGAUCGCGUGCCUUACCUGUUCGUCCGGCUCCUCAAGGCCAAGAAGAGUCAAGACGGUGGCGACAAGCAGCCGCAGCCGCUGUACGCGCAGCUCUGCAUCGGCGCCCACGCCGUGCGGACCCGAGCCGCCACGCACGCCGGCGAGUGGGACCAGGUCUUCGCGUUCCACAAGGCCAGCCUCACCGCCUCCUCGCUGGAGGUCACCGUGCACGAGGAAGCCAAGAAGCCGGAGAAGGAGGGCGAGGCCGCCCCGCCGGACGCGCACCUCGGCUUCGUCUCCUUCGACCUGCAGGAGGUGCCCAAGCGGUCGCCGCCGGACAGCGCGCUCGCGCCGCAGUGGUACACCCUGGAGGGGCACGCGGAGGACGGCGCCCCGGCGUGCGACGUGAUGCUCGCCGUGUGGGUCGGCACGCAGGUCGACGAGGCGUUCCAGGAAGCGUGGCAGUCCGACUCCGGCGGCAACCUGGUGCACACCCGCUCCAAGGCGUACCUAUCCCCCAAGCUGUGGUACCUCCGGCUCAGCGUCAUCCAGGCGCAGGACCUGCGCCUGCCGUCGCCGCCGGACGCCGCCAAGGCCAAGCAGCAGUUCGGGCCCACGUUCCCGGAGCUGUACGUCAAGGCGCAGCUCGGCGCGCAGGUGUUCAAGACCGGCCGCAUCGCGCUCGGCAGCGCCGCCGCCGGGGCGUCCAACCCGAGCUGGAACGAGGACCUGCUCUUCGUCGCCGCCGAGCCCUUCGACCCUUUCCUUACCGUCGCCGUGGAGGACGUCUUCUCCGGGCAGCCGGUCGGGCAGGCGCGCGUGCCGCUCUCCACCGUGCACCGCCGCUCCGACGACCGGGUCGAGCCGCCCUCGCGCUGGCUCAACCUGUGCGGCGACGAGGCCCGGCCCUACGCCGGCCGGGUGCACGUCCGCGUCUGCCUGGAGGGCGGCUACCACGUGCUGGACGAGGCGGCGAACGUGGCCAGCGACGUGCGCGCCGCGUCCAAGCAGCUGUCCAAGCCGCCGGUGGGCAUGCUGGAGGUGGGCGUCCGCGGCGCGUCCAACCUGGUGCCCAUGAAGAUCGCCAAGGACGGCGCCAGCGGCUCCACCGACGCGUACGUGGUGCUCAAGUACGGCCCAAAGUGGGCGCGCACGCGCACCAUCCUCGACCAGUUCAACCCGCGCUGGAACGAGCAGUACGCCUGGGACGUCUUCGACCCCUGCACCGUGCUCUCCAUCGCCGUCUUCGACAACGCCAGGUACAAGAUGGUGGACGCCGGGAAGCCGCCGCCAAAGGACGCCCGCAUCGGCAAGCUCCGCAUCCGGCUCUCGACGCUGGACACCAACCGGGUCUACUCCAUCAACUACGCGCUCACGGCGGUGCACCCGAUCGGCGUGCGCAAGAUGGGCGAGCUAGAGCUCGCCAUCCGCUUCACCUGCCCGUCCUGGCUCACGCUGAUGCAGGCGUACGGCAGCCCGCUGCUGCCGCGCAUGCACUACGUCAAGCCGCUGGGCCCGGCGCAGCAGGACGUGCUGCGCCACACCGCCAUGCGCAUCGUGUCGGGCCGCCUCGCGCGCUCCGAGCCGCCGCUGGGGCCGGAGGUGGUGCAGUACAUGCUGGACACGGACACGCACGCCUGGAGCAUGCGCCGGAGCAAGGCCAACUGGUUCCGCGUCGUCGGCUGCCUCUCCCACGUCGCCACCGCCGUCAGGUGGGGCCAUCGGGUGCGCACCUGGGAGCACUCGCCCACCACCGUGCUCGUGCACAUGCUGCUCGUCGCCGUCGUGCUCUGCCCGGAGAUGAUCCUCCCCACCGUCUGCCUCUACCUCUUCCUCGUCCUGCUCUGGCGCUACCGCUGGCGCCCCCGCCAGCCCGCCGGCAUGGACCCGCGCCUCUCCCACGUCGACAGCGUCAGCCCCGACGAGCUGGACGAGGAGUUCGACGGCCUCCCCUCGGCCCGCCCCGCCGACGUGGUGCGGGCGCGCUACGACCGGCUGCGCGCCGUGGCCGGGCGCGCGCAGACGCUGCUGGGCGACGUGGCCGCGCAGGGGGAGCGCGUGGAGGCGCUGCUGUCGUGGCGCGACCCGCGCGCGACGGGGGUGUUCGCCGUGGCCUGCCUGCUGGCCGCGCUGGUGCUCUACGCCGUGCCGUUCAAGGCGCUGCUGCUGGGCAUGGGCUUCUUCUACCUCCGCCACCCCAGGUUCCGCGGCGACAUGCCCUCCGCCGGCUUCAACUUCUUCCGCCGCCUCCCGUCGCUCUCCGACCGGGUGCUCUAGCUUGCUAGGAUCGAUCGAUCAUUGUUUUUCUUUGAGCUUGCUUACUGUUGCUUGCUGUACUUGGUGUGAUCCACUGCUGCUUAGCUUAGUGGGAUCAUCGUUUGAUCAUUUGUUGCACACAGAAAGAAAGCCUCUGAGGCCUACUUAGUGAUGCUAAUCUCAAUAAUAAUAAGCAUGGCUGCUGCCUAAUGUAUUCUUUGAUUUUA